AUGUGGGCCCUUCGUCAGGGAUGGAGCAGUUCUUUCUUUAUUGGGAAGCUAGCGGCGAGUCGCGCUCCAGGCGCAAGGCAACUCCCACUGAUUCGAUCUUUUGCUAUGCGAAUACCGGCGCAUCGUUUUCAGCGUGAAAUUCCAGAGGACUUGGAGCCCAUUCCUAUUGCUAUCAUUGGGAGGCCCAACGUCGGGAAGUCCACACUCUUCAACCGCUUGCAGACCGGCACCCGCAAGCAGAAGAAGAAAAAUCCCGUCGACAACCGAGCUAUCAUUAGCGACCGGGCAGGAACCACACGCGACCGCAAAGAUGCGCUCGCAGUGUUUGGCGGGUUGUUGCUUCGGGUCAUUGAUACGGGGGGCUUGGAGACGCCCAAAGAGACGUCGAACAGCUCCUUGUUGCAGUCGAUGCAGGAACAUGUCUGGAAAGCUGUGGCGGAGGCGCAAGCCAUUCUCUUUGUGAUUGAUGCUCAGGAGGGCGUGACGCCCGCUGAUGAGCAUAUUGGGAAGAUGCUGCGGGAAGGUGCUGUGAAUGCAGACAAGUACCGCGACCUGUUCAAAACCAACACUCCCAGAGAAGUGCCGAUCAUCCUGAUUGCAAACAAAGCUGAGCAUGGGUUUAUCGGGCCAUACUUGAAUGAUUGCUACGAGCUGGGUGUGGGAGAUCCGGUCCUCAUGUCGGCUAAGCAGAACCAGGGCACAGAGGAUCUUUAUGAUCGGCUGGUUCUGGAAGUGGGUCACCUUCAGCAGCGAGAGGAAGAGAUCAAUCCAGGCACUGCUUUCCUUAACCACGACUACAUGGAGGAGGGGGAGGAAGAGGUCGAAAAUGACGAGGACAUUGAGGUCGACGUGGAUGAUGAAUCGCAGCCUGAAGUUCCUGAAGGCCCCACGCUUCCUUGGCUGUCACCAGAGAUGACCGAACACCAGCGGACCUCAUUGAGGUUCCUUGCUCACCAUCCGGCGGAUCCUUUGGGAGACCUGGACCCGGGCCUAAAGGCUGCAGUGCUACACAAAGAUCCGGGGAAGUAUUGGCUGCAGGCACCUCAAAGAGCUCUUCCAACCAAAGAGGCACGAGACUAUGUCUUGCAGCAUCGGCGUGCUGAAGAGAUGGACAAUGCCAUGAAGAUUGCACUAAUAGGAUCACCAAGUUCGGGUAAGUCAAGCAUCAUCAACGCCUUGCUCCAAGAGGAGCGAUGCAUCGUUGAUGAGAAUGACGGGACGACGAUGGACUCUAUAAUCACCAACUGGACUUUCAAAGAGCAACCGGUUAAGCUCAUCGACACGUGUGGUGUGGGCAGGAAGUUCACUUACCCUGGCUUCAAACCAGAGGAGUUUAUGGAGCCGGGCAUGGGCACUAAGAAAGCCAUCAACCGGGCACACGUGUGCGUUUUAUGUUUGGAUGCCUCACGCUUCCGGAAGCUGGCCGGGGCGGGCUUUCACUAUAUCCAGCAGGCAGUUCAAGCCCGCUGGCGGGUCCUGCAGCUCUUGGCGAGCGACAUCCUCGAGGAGGAACAGGCAAUGGAUAGAUUUGCCAAAGUUGCUGAAGGCUCUGGUGUGGUUGCUGCAGUCUUACUAGAUCCUGAUGGUGAUGCUGCCGGGCGCUUCGGCCACGCCGGUGCUUGCCGUGCCAUGGCCUCCAUGAUGGCCAGACAUGUGCGGCCACUGAAGCGAUCGCGCCGGCUGCUUGGUAGACAGAGGCGGCGAAGACCAGGCGCACGCGAAGGGUGGACGCCGCAGAAGGAAUCACCUUCCAGACCGUCAGAUGAAGAGUUGGAAAGGCCAUCAGCAUCGCCUGUCGACAUGGGAGUUACGAGCCUUUGUGGCGUGGACUUCUUUGGCCGCAGCAAGGAAAAGCUGGACAUGUCGAGUUGGAUGGCUCCCUUGCCAGAGCAGCUGCCGAUCUCCCAGGUCUCCAUCCCUGGCACGCAUGACUCUGCCACAUUUCAGAUGUGGCCAUUGCCCGUGAGCUGGGAAUACAUGUGGGCCUUUGGGCAGACGCAGGAUUGGGAUUUGCCCACACAACUGGCAGCAGGUGUGCGCUUUUUCGACCUGCGGGUGAAGGCUGACGGGUGGUUGUAUCAUGGCCCAAUGGCCUGCUCAUUGACUUUGGAGGCUGCACUACAGACUUGUGCGGCCUUUCUUGAAGAGCACCCCAGCGAGUUCCUUCUCCUGCGAAUAAAAGAUGAAGAGCGAAGCCGCACGUCUGCUGAGAAAGUACCAGACCUUGUGAAGAAGCUCGCUAAGUACUUGCCUCUUCACUUCAGCCGUGAUCUGCAAUUGGUGGGUGACAUGCGCGGACGAAUGUUGGUCCUACAAGACUGGCACGGCAGUGAGUGGUCCCUGCGGUGGGCUGGGCCCGCCAUGAAGGUGCAAGACUUUUGGAGUCCAGGCUCGCCCAAAGAGAAGUGGGUUGCCAUUCGGAAGCACCUGCGAGGAGCACCAAGACGGCAAGGUGACAGGCUUUGCGCCAACUUUGUCAGCGCACAGUCUUUCCCUCGGCGGACGCCUCGGUACUUCGCGGGGAUUUUGAACCCCAGGUUGUGCGCAACAAUCUCCAGAAGUCGACAUCAGGCCUUGGGGGUUGUGGUAAUGGACUUUCCCAGCCGCGAACUAUGCAGAGAGAUUGUCCGAAAGAAUUUCUUGCGGAGCCAGGUCGCUUCCAGCCGUGUGAUGCAUGCAUUGGAUGGCUGGGGUGAGGAAUACACCACAGUGCUUAGAGAAAUUGAUGCAGCAGCUGUCGCACCGCGAGAUGAAGUUGAUGAGGACUACGUGCAGAAACUUUCCACUAUCUACUCCCGGCUAUUGGUUCAAAGAAGCCAAUUUGUGAUAGUCUCGGACGACAUCAGAAAAGAGUGCAAGGCUCAGAGACAAGUGCCCAGCGAAUUGCACCUGACAGCCUCUCAAAUCUCGCGGGUUUGGGAGAAGCAGAUGCAGCGCACCAAGCGGAAGGUGAGGGAGGUUGCCAAAAAACACCCAGUCCUGCCCGAAUCGGAUGCUUCGGACGAGCGCAGACCUCGGAGCUCAAGGAGCAGAAGCCAAAGAAGUCGGAGCACCGUGCAGCUUUUCCGUGGAGAUCAAGCAAGCCCAAUCCCACAUGAGAAGAUCAACGGCUUUCUCUGA